UGUCCUCUGACCCCUGACCGGUGACCUGGUUUGGACUCUGUACAGGCGAUGUCCCUGCGAGCAGACGCAGCCCAGUGUGGAGGGGUGGUGGUGGAGUUUGAGUCUGAUGACAUCAGGGAGGCUCGGGCCAGGAAGGCCAGGAGUACAUCAGGGUCAGCCCUCAUCUACCUCAGGGGCCCUAAAUUCCUGAUCUACGUCAGUGGGGCACUGUCCAUGUGGGGUGACCGUAUGUGGCACUUUGCCAUUUCGGUGUUCCUGAUCGAGCUGUAUGGACGUAACCUGCUGCUGACCGCAAUAUUCGGCUUGGUGGUGGCGGGGUCAGUGCUGCUGCUAGGGGCGUUGAUUGGGGACUGGGUUGACCGCAACCCCAGGAACAAAGUGGCGCAUGCAUCGUUGUUGGUUCAGAACAUUUCAGUGACGGUGUGUAGCAUUGUGCUGAUGUUGGUCUUCUUAUAUAAACAGUGGAUUGAGAGCAUUUGGGAUGGCUGGUUAACUGUGGUUUGUUAUACGGUGGUGAUCGUCCUGGCAGAUGUGGCUAACCUAGCAAGCACAGCGCUGACCAUCGCCAUCCAGAGGGACUGGAUUGUGGUUAUCACUGGAUACAACCGGGGUCACCUCGCCGGGAUGAAUGCUACCAUGCGGCGCAUCGAUCAGGUGACCAACAUCCUGGCACCGCUGGCGGUGGGACAGGUCAUGACCCUGGCCUCCAACGUGAUCGGCUGCGGCUUCAUCCUGGGCUGGAACCUGGUGUCCCUCAUAGUGGAGUUUAUCUUCCUUUCCCGGGUCUACCGCAUUGUCCCAGCGCUGUCCGUCAAACCCCCCGUGCCCGAGGACGGCCAGGCCUCCCUGGAGAGACCAGCAGAGAGGACGGAGGGACUGGUGGAGAGGAGGGGGUCACAAGUAGAGCAAAGUGAGGUGGUGACAUCAGCCCCGGGCCUCAGUGAUGACGACAUGAGCCUGAACCUCAAGGAGAUCACCAAUCUGCCUCUGUGUUUCGGACGUUUCCGCUGGCUGCUGAGCACCUGUAAGGACGGCUGGAGGGCCUACUACCGCCAGGAUGUCUUCCUGGCUGGGAUGGGCCUGGCCUUCCUCUACACAACUGUCCUGGGCUUCGACUGCAUCACCACGGGCUACGCCUACACCCAGGGCAUCAGUGGCUCCCUGCUCAGUCUGCUGAUGGGGGUCUCGGCUAUAACAGGCCUCAUGGGCACUGUCAUGUUCACCAAGCUGAGGAAGGCCUAUGGUUUAGUUAACACAGGCAUCAUCUCCAGCUGUCUCCAUCUUUGCUGUCUGCUGCUGUGUGUGUGUUCUGUGUUCGCCCCCGGCAGCCCCAUGGACCUCCGCCUGCUCAUGCCCUUCCUGGACGCCAACGCCAACUCGACGUUGGUGGAGGCUGGGGGGAUGGUGGAGGGCCAGAGGCAGAAACACACCUACCCGAUGCGGGGUGGCAUUAAUCAGCCGCUGCUGCCCGACCGCUCGUCCAUCCACUGGACCAACAACACGGUGCUAUUUGAGAAUAUGCCAUCAGGCAUGGAGCCAGACUCCUACAUCUCUAUAAUCCUGCUGUUCUUGGGGGUCAUCACAGCACGCAUCGGUCUGUGGUCCUUUGACCUGACCGUGACCCAGCUGCUUCAGGAGAACAUCUGUGAGUCGGAACGUGGUGUGGUCAACGGGGUCCAGAGCUCCAUGAACUACCUGAUGGACCUUCUCCACUUCAUCAUGGUCAUCUCUGCUCCGCAGCCCCAGCACUUUGGCAUCCUGGUCAUCAUCUCUGUACUGUUCAUCACCACGGGACACACCAUGUACUUCCUAUAUGCACGCAAAGCCAAGAGAAAACCUGCUGGACGCCUGGACACGUAGGGAGGCCGUGCUGCUUUCCGCGACAAAGCAUGUGCCCAAAGACUCCACUCUGCCUGCGCCUGCCUGUGAAAUGAAUGUCUCUUCUCUCUUGUUCCCUCUGCGCUCUCAUUGCUAGGCAACAAUACAAUACCGUAACACACCUUCACCCCCAUCCAGCCAUUCAUUCAUUUCAGCAAGUGUCGUGUCCUCCCCAACCUGGUUGCUAUCUCCCUGCAUGGCCAGGUGUAGUAUGGCCAAGUGCUAAGGUACAGGAACAAACUAGAACUCAGGUUAACUAGAGUAGGAUCCACCUUUUCCCUUCUGUACAUAGGUUGAUGUGGUCGCAACAGAUGCGGUGUUGGUCCCCUACCGUGGUAGGUUCUACCACCUUAGUUUUGAUCCCCUACCGUGGAAGGUUAUCUCACCUCAGUGUUGGUCCCCCACCGUGGUAGUUUCUCUCACCUCAGUGUUGGUCCCCCACCGUGGUAGUUUCUCUCACCUCAGUGUUGGUCCCUCACCGUGGUAGUUUCUCUCACCUCAGUGUUGGUCCCCCACCGUGGUAGUUUCUCUCACCUCAGUGUUGGUCCCCCACCGUGGUAGUUUCUCUCACCUCAGUGUUGGUCCCUCACCGUGGUAGUUUCUCUCACCUCAGUGUUGGUCCCUCACCGUGGUAGGUUCUCCCACCUCAGUGUUGGUCCCUCACGGUGGUAGGUUCUCCCACCUCAGUGUUGGUCUCUCACCGUAGUAGGUUCUCCCACCUCAGUGUUGGUCCCUCACCGUGGUAGGUUCUCCCACCUCAGUGUUGGUCCCUCACCGUAGUAGGUUCUCCCACCUCAGUGUUGGUCUCCCACCGUAGUAGGUUCUCUCACCUCAGUGUUGGUCUCCCACCGUAGUAAGUUCUCUCACCUCAAUGUUGGUCUUCCACCGUAGUAGGUUCUCCAACCUCAGUGUUGGUCUUCCACCGUAGUAGGUUCUCCCACCUCAGUGUUGGUCUUCCACCGUAGUAGGUUCUCCCACCUCAGAAUUGGUCCCUCACCGUGGUAGGUUCUCCCACCUCAGGAAAAGGGCACAGAGGGCAGGCUGAGGCAGCAGCAGCAGCAGCACAACACGCCUUUCCAGCAAUUUUUGGAUUACUGCAAGAGCUUCAUUAUGGCAGUCUGUUAACCUACUCAGAGUUUGGAUGGGAGUUGGAUGGAUGGAUGGAUGGAUUGAUGUAUUUUUCUAACCUUCACACAGGAAAGAACUGGGCAUGGUGAAGCA